CACCGUACAACCCACAACGAUCGGGAUCCCGAACGCUUUAUAAUUGUGAUUAUAGUAGUAAGUGUCACAUCCUUGCCAGCUGUCCAUUCACUCUCACGAGAUAAUCUUCGGUACAUUUCCGAUCCUGGUUUCUGUAGUCCCUACAUUCGAGUUUUUCUUUUCGGCCUGCAUCGCAAGCGCUUUCCGAGUGUACAUUUCUCGACUUUACUGCGUUCUCUCAGCUUGUGUCGCGUUAACGAGAAGAAAGACCUAGCUCAUGCUUUGAAAGAUUGAUCGAUCAGCUCACUAGCGUGGGCAUCAGGAGUAUCGCUAAGGACGCGAAGUCGAACAAGAAGAAGUAACUCAUAUCUCGCACUGAGGCUUGUCCUUUGGCUUUCAAUCAUGCACAUAAAAAACGCCCAAUCCGCCCUCCUCUCCAACCACGAAGUCCUCCUGCACCUCCAAGCCGAAGAAGCAGAAUACGCCGGCACCGACGGCACAGACCGGGGGCGCCGCAUGCCAUUCGGUCUCGAGCACGUGCUGCGUGAUGGCCUGAACUACCUCCACACCCCGGAAUACAGCACCACCACCCUGCACACCACGCACCCCACGCGCCCGACAACCCUCUACAAAGGCCCGCACUCGCUGCUGCGCGCGCUCGCGCCGAAAUACCGCCUCAAUAAAGCGGAGUAUCUGCAGAUUUAUAAUAUUCGUCCUAGGACGCAGAUCACGCUCGAUCUUAUUAUCGAAGAAGCGUCGACCCGCUUCUCGCCCGAAGAAAUGGACGACAUUCUAGCAACUAUCAACGCUGUUUUCGACGAGGAAGAGAGCGCGAUUCCUGAGGGUGCCGAGGAUCAGAAGAUGGAGAAGCUGCCCAAUAAGCUGCUCGGCGCGUCGAAGAAGAAGCGGAAGGUAAAGCGGAAGGUUUGAUGCUGUUACUAUGGAACGAGAAUGACAGGCCUCGGCUCGGGAUGGAAACAGAGAUAUUCUACUGUACGAAGGGAGCGUGGGCGCUGCGGGGACGAGAUAAUCAUGGUCGGAUGACUUCCGAUGUUCAUGACACGGUAUCACAUCCACGAGGGCAUGACAAAAGCUUGAACAUUUCGACUGGAUUUUCAUAUGCUUUAUCACGCCGCGGGUAUUUCACCUGCUAGGACCACACCUGACACCCAGCGACGACCCUAAAUAGCGCACAUGAGUCGAAGAAAGAAAACAUGGACAACCUAUCCUCCCAAUCGGGAAACGCCCGACUCGCUCACGGAUGGCAAGCCAAAUGAUCAAUCUCCCCGUA